CUUGCUCACAACACCCCUCCUAUUUCCUCUUAAUCUUAGCCAUCUAAUGCCCUCCCUUCUUUCCCGAGUUGGCACGGCGUGCAAGAACGCUGUCGUGAUCGAGAAGCCGCGCAUUUACGCUGGCAUCAACUUUGACAAAAAGUUCUUCCUUGACUUCCUCCUCCUGGUGAUCGGCGGCACCUGCACUUCGCUCCAGGGAAUCGUCAACGGCCUGCUGUCGCGCUACACUGCCCCUGGCUUCCCGCCAUGGCUCUCGUUCGCCGUGGGAUCGACGCUGCUGUUCAUCUUCUUCAUGGUUGACACCCGCGGUGGCAAGGCCAUUACCUGGAAGAACGCGACCAAGACCACUCCCUGGUGGGCGUGGGUUGGAGGUAUCCCGGGUGCUGCCUUCGUCGUGGUCAUUACCCUGAUGAUGCCGAUCCAUGGUGCUGCCAUUGUGUACUCAAUCUACAUCUGCGCCAAGAUGGUCACGUCGCUGAUUAUUGACUCGUUCGGCUUCUUUGGCGCGAACCAGCGCCCUGCUUCUCUGACCCGUCUGGUUGGAUUCGCGAUUAUGAUUGCUGGUGUGCUGAUGGUCAGUCUUGACCACUAGACGCCUAGCAGUCUGGCUGCUAGCUCCCCCUCUACACCCUCGAUGCAAAAGCGAGAAAGGAGCCAAGCCUCGACUUUUCGCAUUUGGGGGUGGCCUAGAUAUGGACACUGGAUGUCUAUCAAAUCUUGAACACCACAGUAUAGUAAUGACCCCCUUUUCCUGACGACCACGCCUUGUACUAUUAGUCACGCUCAACACAUUUUGUUUCACUUCUAUUGCCUAGAGAUCUUUCUUUGCCAAAUAUAAAGUUUC